UUUAAUUUAAAAUCAUAACAAGAAAACUCUUGAAACAGCAAUAUGUCUUAUAUAUUUUGUGUAUUAUUUUUGCUCUUUAACGGACUUUUAAAUAAUUACAGUGUUCAUUGUAUAGAAAUAGUGGACUUAACAUCAAACGGAAAUGUAAUAUGGAGUUUAGGGAAUAAAAACAAAUCAAUUUCUGUCGCCGGUUCGGUUCCCGGCGGAGUUUACACCGACUUGGAGAAAGCGGGCAUUAUUGAUAAUGUGCUAUUUGGGUUCAACGAUGUCCUCACACGAUGGAUCGCUUACGAUUAUUGGACAUACACCGGCAGAUUUCUUUUGAGCCAAGAUUCCUUGAAUUACAAUGUGACAAAGCUGGUUCUAGAAGGGGUGGACACAGUGGCUUUCGUAGAACUAAACGGUAGUCCCAUUGGUACCACAGAAAACAUGUUUGUUAGAUAUGUGUUUGACGUUAAGCAAUACAUCAAGGUUGGUGAAAAUGAGUUAACCAUCAAUUUCCUAUCGCCUGUUGAGGCAGCAAAAGUUCGAUCAGACAAGUAUUUUACAGCACCGAAUUGUGUUCCUGAUGUAUACAAUGGGGAAUGCCACGCCAAUCAAUUACGGAAAAUGCAAGCUUCGUUCAGUUGGGAUUGGGGCCCAGCUUUCCCAUCAGUUGGAAUUUGGAAACAACUGACAAUAGAACUAUAUAACGAAGCUAUUAUAAGAUCAGUCACCACACACAUUGAUAAAAAUGGAUCGCUUUGGAGCCUCAAGAUUGUAGCCUAUUUAGAGACUGGGAGUACACGCAUCAAAGGGUAUUUGACAGCGACUUUGUCCGUGAAUGCGAACCAAUACGUGACUAUUCGAAAUGAUGUAAAUGUACUGGCAAGAGAUGAUGGGACAGCAGAAGCUGGACUUAACUUUACAAUCAGUGAGAAUGUUGUAUCACUCUGGUGGCCAAACGGAUUUGGAGAUCAGCCUCUCUACGACCUUAAGGUUUCUCUCCACAAUCAGGAUUCUGACGAGGAACUUUCUGUGAAACACAUCAAAAUAGGUUUUCGCACCGUGGAACUAGUUGAAGAGGAUGCAUCAAAUAUAUUAGGGAACACAACAGCUGGAAAUGGACUUACAUUUUAUUUCAAAGUGAAUGAUUAUCCUUUAUUUAUGAAGGGAUCCAACUGGAUACCAACAAAUAUUCUGCCGGAAUUGGGGAGUGAUGAAAAUACAAUAGAUGAUCUGUUAUUGGCCGCCCGAGAUGCUCAUAUGGCUAUGUUGCGGGUGUGGGGAGGAGGAAUUUACGAAUCGGACUACUUUUACCAGAAAUGCGAUGAGCUUGGUAUACUUAUAUGGCAAGACUUUCUCUUCGCUUGCUCUAUGUACCCUGCAGACGCUGAAUUCCUGAACACAGUAAAACAAGAAAUUGAGCAAAACGUAAUCCGCCUCCAACAUCACGCUUCCAUAGCAGUAUGGGCUGGUAACAACGAGAAUGAAGUGGCUUUGCGAGGUGACUGGUACGGUACUAAACAACAGUUUGACAGAUACAAAGAAGACUACAUAAAACUAUACGUGCAUACCAUCAAACCGAUAGUCGAAAGCUUGGAUCCAGGGAGGCGCUACCUUGUCUCAAGUCCCUCCAAUGGACGGAAAUCUGAAGAAGACGGUUAUAUUGCUGAAAACCCUUAUGACUCCAAUUACGGCGACACACACUACUAUAACUAUUUUGCAGAUAAUUGGGAUGCAAAUAUAUAUCCGGGUACUAGAUUUGCUUCUGAAUAUGGCUUUCAAUCAUUUCCUUCAGCAAAAACACUUCAAACGGCUAGUAAUGACCAAAAUGAUUUCCAUUUGGAUAGUAAGUUCAUAAGGCAUAGACAACACAGCCCUGGCGGUAAUGCUUAUAUCAAAGAACAAAUCGCGAGACACUUGCAUUUAGAUGACAAUGAUCCUAAAUAUUUUGAGAAAUUUAUCUUCUAUAGUCAGAUAAGUCAAGCGAUGUCAAUGAAAUCAGAAAGUGAAUACUAUCGGCAGUCUCAAUCGGAUUGGUACACCAUGGGGGCUUUGUACUGGCAACUUAACGAUGUCUGGCAGGCGCCAUCUUGGUCUGGAAUAGAGUACGGCGGUAAAUGGAAAAUGCUGCACUAUUUUGCGAUGAAUUUUUUCUCGCCCGUUCUAGUAUCACCACGCCUGACAUUAGCGGGAGAUAUAAAUGUUUAUCUAAUUAACGACAGACUCGUGCCAAUAGAGGACGCUAAAAUUGUAAUGGAUGUAUUUAAUUGGACCAGUUUAGAGCCGAUUGAAACUAAUUCAUAUCCUGCAUCUGUCGCUGCCUUAACUACUAAAAAGCAAACGACCGUAGAGAUAUGGGAUAGAGAGAACAAAGAGGAAAUAUUUAUGAGGUUCUCUCUCAAAAGCGAUGGAGUUAACUCAUCUCCAAGGAAUUACGUAUUUCCAGUAUCGUUAAAAAUGGCGAAAGGGUUAAGGAAACCACAUAUUCGGAUACACGCGCAGAAAUCAAAUGACAUCAGGAGGAUAAAAGUGAACAUAGAAACCGACACAGUUGUUCUGUUCCUAUGGCUGGACACAGAUAUCGAGGGGCGUUUUACAGAAAAUGGCAUGAUUUUAACAGAGCAAAAAACCAAAAUAUAUUUUACAGCCAAAAAACCAGUUAACCCAAGAAAAUUAGAACACAGCAUAACUUACAGAUAUUAUAUUCAUUGAGUACAUCUAAGCCAUCUGUGCUCUAAAUACACGGUGUUUCAAUAUAACUUUCCGGGAUUAUCAAUGAUAAUGUAGUAAAGUAUGCUGAUUGUGUUUUAAAAUUUCUCCACUUUUUUUAUGGAAAUAGGUAAGUAACGGAACGAACAGUUUGCCCACUUGAUAAAAUAAAAAAGCUGCAUCGUCUAUCUAACCUAAAAAUAGAUAUUAUGAUGUGUCGUAAAGUAUCGUAACGACUAAGGCAUCGCGUCUCGUCUCGCAAUUACAUAGUGCUUUUUAGUAGGGCUUAUGGUACUGGCGACACUUAAAAUAAAGCAACAAUACCAUGGUAUUUAUUAUCUCUUAGGCCUAGAUCUAUACAGCAGAUAAAGAUUUUGCUCAGACAUUAUUUACGAAAAACUUAGCUGAAUGUAAGCUUAGCAUAAUCUUUUAUUUGUUUUUUAUAGUCAUUUGACAGCUGAAAUUUAACUGAGCUUAAGCUAAGACCGUCCAAUGCUAAAGUGAAGUUCGCAUUUUAUCACACUCAGCUAAGUUUUACGUAAGUAAAGUCUAAGUAAGCUCUAUACAUCUCAGUCUUAGACAAGCGACAUUGAUCAGUAUUUCUUUAUUUUUUGGGAUGUCUGACCAAAAUCGUAGAAUCUAAUGUGUCUUUAUAUAUUUAACGAAUGUUCUUUGACAUCUGCUCUUUUGGAUAGAUGGUAUACAUUGGAUAGUUCUGUUUUACCCACAUAUUGAAAAGAAAAAUUCCUAAUUUAAGAUUCGAUGUAUUAUAUUUCUAAGCUUAACUUAGGCGGGUCUACUUAAGAGCAAUGUCUGAACUUUAAGUUAAAGGACAGCCAACUGUGGAUUGGAAUUGAAUUGGAACAGUUUAAAGUGGAAAAAAAGUUAAGAGAUGGGACAACUUCAACAAAAUUUGAACAAAUCCCAUCUCUUAAAAAUUGGAUUUCCAACAUUAAUAUUUAUAAAGAAAUGUUCAAUUAUUUGAAUGAAACACAUGGAAUUAGAAGUCUGUUAACAAGAAAUAUAAACCACGAUCCAUAAAAUAUCUUUUUCUGCAAAUUAAGGCCUAAUGGUGUACGAAACACAUCUCCAACAUGCUCGCAGUUUAUAUGUGCGUUUAAAACAUUACAUCCAGUUAUUCCCACAAUAACUACCAAUUCUAUACAAGUUAGAAAUACUUCUAACAAUUCUUAUAUUCCCAGUAAUUUAAAAUUUUAAAUCAGACAACAAAGAAGCCAAUAAAUAAACUCAAAAUUGUUCAUCAAAAUAUACAAGGCUUCUUUUACAAAGAGUUAGAAAUUAGUUAUUUAUGCAACUGUUGUGUAAUAAGGGGUAUUAAAACACGAAUGUGGAUUUAUCUCACGAGGCGAAGCCGAGUGUGAUAAUAGUAUCACAUGAGUGUUUUAAUACCUAAUUAUCAACAGUUACAUACAAGACUUUAUCUACAACCAGAAUAUGAAUCCUCUAAAAGAUUCUGAAACAGUUAGCUUACAACUAACAUUAAAACAGCCAGUCCUAGUAGUAACCUAAUAUCAUCCAUUACUGAUUAUGUACUAAUAAACUAAGUAUUAAUGAAAGAAUUAUUUAUUUUAGUAGUAAUUUACAUUUUGUAUAGUGCAAUAAUUAAAAUUCACUUGAA